AUAACAUAAGUAGAAGACAAAAUUCAUUUGUUUUAAAAAAAGUAAUCUAUGCCAUUUUCCCGCUUUCGUCCCUCAAAUUCCAUUUCCUCCAUUCUUCACCAGCGGCUUCGUUCGAACCCUAAAUCAAUUCACUCUCAGUAUUGCUCUAUGGAUAUCACCGAAGAGCAACGAAGGCGUGCGGAAGCAAACCGUUUAGCUGCCAUAGCCAAACGCAAAGCACUGAUUAAAUCUUCUAAUGGCCAACAACACCAGGACCCAUGGGAACUUUUCAAAUGUCGUAAGCUUUCCACUGAACAUAAUGCUGCCAGUACCAUCCAAUCAUCGAAAAGCUUAACCGGUAACGACACCCAUUUGCCUGAAAGGUUCCGAGUAAGGUUGGAAAUUUGCUCCCCUGACUCGUUCUCGAUCACGCCGGAAGUCGUGGAAGGAUGCUUUUACCCGGGAGAGGAAAAUUGCUUCAGGAUAUUGAGCGACUGUUUAUCUAGUGUCACACAUUCUCACUACACACAAAUUAUAGGCGGAGGAAAGGCCUUGGUUUAUAAGCUGAGGGAUUAUUGUUCUAUUUUGAAAUGUUUAAAAAACUCCAAGGACAUUGAUGUUGAAGAGAUACCAUGGACAACAUUCAACGUGGUUGAGAGACUCUCGCAUUCAUUUAGUUCAGGGCGAUGGAUGCCAUGCAGGCCUGAGCAUCUUUCAGAUGAGAAGGUCGACAAAUUAAUGAAGAAGUUACCGGAUCGGUUACUGAAUAGACUUUUACCUUUCCAACUUGAUGGUGUAAGAUUUGGCUUGCAGAGGGGUGGCCGAUGUUUGAUAGCUGAUGAAAUGGGUCUUGGGAAAACACUGCAGGCUAUUGCAAUUGCUAGCUGCCUCAUGGAUGAAGACGGUUCAAUACUUGUUGUUUGCCCUGCUGUUUUACGUUUUUCUUGGGCAGAAGAACUAGAGCGUUGGCUUCCAUUUUGUUUGCCUUCUGAUAUUCAUCUUGGUAUUGUAUUCUUGAUAGGAGGAUCACUAUAUAGAACCAUUUGUCUUCAACGUUGUGAUGCUAUAUUACUGAGCACAUUCUUACUUGAAGAUAAAGGCUGUUCUUGAUUUAGCAACAAAGAUGCAGCAUAUUAUUCUUCUAUCUGGAACUCCUUCUUUAUCAAGGUGAUCUUAGGCCAUAUGAUAUUUUUCAUCAGAUAGACAUGCUAUGGUUAAAAUUGCUAUAAUAGGUAUUACUGCUGGUGGAGUUGGACUUGAUUUCUCUUCGGCACAAAAUGUUGUGUUUUUGGAAUUACCUCAGUCAC